AUGAUCAAUUCCAGGUUGUACCCUAUCCGUCCUUUAGCAGUAGCCUCUCUUCUUGUAUUUAUCUUAUCUGAUACUGUCCUCAAUAACUCGAAUGAUGCAGCUGAAAUGUUUGGCGAAGCCUCUGCAGAUGGCAUGUUUCUGGCCCAAAAAUACAUUGGUAUAACACUAAAUUUUUUGUUAAGCUCGCCUGAGCUUAUUUGCCGUCUUGACAAAGGUACAUUCUCUCUUUUAUAUAUGGCUGACCAUGUAAACAAAACCCUCAAAGCAGACGAUCUGUAUAAGCUUAUUCCUGGACCGAAUGGCGGUACAAAGGAAAUACCUGCGUUGCAUUUACUUGAGAUCCUUUCAUUUGUAGCCGCUACUUGUCCUGAAUCAUCAAUCCGAUUCUACAUAUACAAGCUUAUCGAAAAAAUAGUAAAAUCAGCAGAUGAUGAAGCCUGUCUUUACAUUCUGUACGAACUAUUAGACCGAUGCCCUUACUCAUCUAUGAACACUGCUGCUGUGGGACUUUUAAAGGAUCAAAUUAGUCGGUCAAUAGAUGCUGCAAAGUAUCAACAGGCUGCAUCUGUAUUCGCUACUCCGUUGAUAAAAUCAAAGUUUUUCCCUAUCAUAUUCAGAUUCAAGUCAAGUUGGAAAGUUAAACCAGAUUCAUUUUGGAAUGAUUACAAUUAUGUUAUGCAAGCUCUUAAUCUUUACUAUUUGAUGCUAUCCAAAGACUAUCCUACAAAUUUUAAUGACAUAAGCCAAGUCAUGCAAAUAGAUACUAUGAAGCAUGUUGUUGACAAGAUCAAUGUAUACAUUGAAAGCAAAAAGUAA